GACCCACCAGUUGCCAGGUUGGAAGUGGAUGUGGAUCUUGGCUUUGCCCUCUUCUUCUUCCUCCUCCUGUGUUUCUUUCUGUUGGUGACUAUCCUGCGCUGUGCUCAGAUGGUUCUGGACCCGUACAGUGCAGUUUCUGUUACUACAUACCAAGAGGAACAAUCACAGGCGUAAUGGAGACCAAAGUCACUCUGCUGUUUAGAGGAAAGCCUUUGGGGCUCCCCGAAACAGAUGGCACAGCAGAUCUUAUGGAAUGAAAGAAAAAUGAGUGCUCACAAAGUGAUGAAUGUGGGCUUUUUCUAUGACUUUUUGUACUCUCUACACUGAGGUUUAGAGAAAAUGAUCUACCACCUGCAUCCAGUAAAAACAAAUAAUGGAGGUGGAGGGCUGGGACCCAAGUCUGCAGGAAGAACUUGGCAUUUCUUUGGAUGAACUGAAGAAGUGGAUUGAUGAGCUAGUGGAGCAGAGUGAGGCUGUACAGAAGAGAAAGGCUCAGCUGACAGAGUUCAAGGAAUUGGUGGCACAGAAAGAAAAGCAGGAGGCAGUAACAGAGAAGCUCUUCAAUAACGCCAGCCAGUCUAUACUGGAAUGCGAGAAACUAGUCAAGGCAACCUAUCAAAAAAAUGGUCUCAUCUACCGGGAGAGCAGUUCAGAGGAUGAGGGGGGCAGUGGUGGACUGUUGCCAUCUGAGGUCAUUGAGAUAGAUGAUGAUGACGACGAUGAUGUCAUUGCUGUUGGUUGUUUGGUUCCUCCAAAGAAGCCUGUUACACCUGUUAAAGAUGGAGCGUUUGUGGAGGCAUCCACAGCUUUAGAGAAAACCACCCAGCAGGUGCAAAAGUUGGUCCGAAUAGUCACCAAAGCCCCAUCCGGAACCCAGUCAGGUAUACAGGCUCCAACACCAUCGGUGUUCGUGUCCCAGGCUCCAUCACAAUCUAUGACUCAACCUAACCCCGCCCUGACAGAAGAGGAGCUCAGAGUAGGGAUGACUAUUCUGGGGAAAAAACGUACAAAGACCUGGCAUAGAGGCACCCUUGUUGCCAUCAACCCUGUCGGAAAUGGUAUAUGCAAGUAUAAAGUCAAGUUUGACAAAGGAAAGAGUCUACUGUCCGGAAAUCAUGUGGCUUUUGACAGUAACCCCAACCUGGAAAGUCUGUAUGUUGGAGCGCGCGUAGUCGCAAAGUACAAGGAUGGAAACCUGGUGUGGCUCUACGCAGGAAUUGUAGCAGAGAUGCCAACCAACAAAAAUCGGAUGAGGUUUCUGAUCUUUUUUGAUGACGGUUAUGCCUCAUAUGUGACGCUGCCUGAACUCUACCCUGUUUGUAGGCCUUUGCAGCGUACUUGGGAGGACAUAGAGGAUGCAUCAUGCCGAGACUUCAUUGAAGAGUAUAUCACUGCAUAUCCCAGUAGACCUAUGGUGCUCCUAAAAGUUGGCCAGAUCAUCAAGACGGAGUGGGAGGGGACCUGGUGGAGGAGCAAAGUAGAGGAGGUUGAUGGCAGCUUGGUCAAGAUCCUUUUUUUGGAUGAUAAGAGGAGUGAGUGGAUUUACAGAGGCUCCACACGUUUGGAACCCAUGUUCAACCUGAAGAUCAACUCUGCUAACACUCACGAGAAGAAACUGGCUGGUCAGCAGAGAACACGGCCUAACAUGGGAGCGCUAAGGAGUAAGGGACCAGUGGUUCAAUACACCAGUGACGGACUUGUUGGAGCCUCGCCAAUGAAAACGCCACAGGCUUUACCCAGCCAACCAUUACAGAUGGCACAAGCUCAACAAUCCGAACAGUCUCAGCAGCUGCAACAGGUUCAACAACAGCUGCAGCCACCUAGAGUUGACAGUAAACAUCAGAUGGCAAAAAAGAGUACUUCUCCAUUUAUCCCUGGAGUGGGAGGAACACAUGCCUCCAAAGUCAUGCAGUCACUGUCUUCCAGUUCCAGUAUCAUACAGAGUGGAAGAACAAUUACUGUACCAACUAGUACUGGCUCUGUUUUUGUACCAACCUAUCAGAAACAGCUACAGAAUCUGUCCACUACCUCAGCUACCCUGAGCCACCCUAUGGUCACUGUCCCGCGUCAGCCUUCGUAUCGUGCCCCUACAGAUCGGAUCUUCUACCUGGCUCACACUUGCCAGCCUGCCUGUUUGAAUCGUGUCCGCCCUGCAAAAAUAGACAUGCACAGAGGCAAGAACCCUCUCCUCACACCAUUACUGUAUGACUUCAGACGCAUGACAGGACGUCGCAAAGUCAACCGUAAGAUGUCCUUCCAUGUGAUCUACAAGGCUCCAUGUGGGCUUUGCCUGCGUAACAUGGAAGAGAUCCAGCAGUACCUUUUCCAGACGCGCUGUGACUUUAUAUACUUGGAGAUGUUCUGUCUAGAUCCCUAUGUGUUAGUGGACCGGCCCUUCCAGCCACAAAGGCCAUUCUAUUUCAUUCCAGACAUCACUGGUGGAAAGGAGGACAUCCCACUUUCCUGUGUCAAUGAGAUUGAUACCACACCACCUCCUAAAGUUGCAUACAGUAAGGAGCGUAUUCCUGAAGAUGGGGUAUACAUCAACACCAGCGCAGAAUUCCUUGUUGGGUGUGAUUGCACUGAUGGCUGCCGAGACAAGUCCAAAUGCAGUUGCCAUCAGCUCACCCUUCAGGCUACAGGCUGCACACCUGGGGGCCAGAUCAACUCAAAUGCAGGAUUUUUGCAUAAAAGACUAGAGGAGUGCCUCCCCACAGGGAUCUACGAGUGUAAUAAGAAGUGCAAAUGCUCUCAUCAGAUGUGCACCAACCGUCUAGUGCAGCAUGGAUUGCAGGUGCGACUGCAGCUAUUCAAAACCCAGAACAAAGGCUGGGGCAUCCGCUGUCUGGAUGACGUGGCUAAAGGCUCUUUUGUCUGCAUCUAUGCUGGCAAGAUCUUGACAGAUGACUUUGCAGACAAGGAAGGUCUAGAAAUGGGUGACGAGUACUUUGCUAACCUGGACCAUAUAGAAAGCGUGGAGAACUUCAAGGAGGGCUAUGAGAGUGAGGCUCACUGUUCAGACAGUGAAGGCAGUGGCGUUGAUGUGUCCAGGAUGAAUAUCCAGCCUUCUUCCUUGGCAUCGGGCAGUGCUUCACGGCUGCCCAAAAAGGGUAAUGUCAGGCCCAAAACACGAAGCCCAGACUCAUCAGGAGACAGCAACGAUGACGAUGACAGGGAUUCCAAAAGUGAAGAUGAAAGCGACAGUUCAGAUGACACGUUUGUGAAGGAAAAUUACUACAGCUCCAGUUCUGUGUGGAGGAGUUACACCACACGUGGCCAGCUCAAAGGCAACAAAGAAGGGAGUCAAGACAGUAAAGAUGGAUUGAAUCAGCCAGCCAGAGCAGCUGAUGAUGAAAAACCUCCAUCUAUGCCAGAGGAGACGGGGAAAAGCAAAGUGGCUUCUUGGCUUACCAGCCAGGGAAUGAAGAAGGAUGCUGUUGACAGCAAGAGUCAGGUGAAGACUGAUCCAUUAAAGAAACAGGACGUGAUGACACUUUCUGACAGUGAUGAUGUUCAGACCAUUAGCUCGGGUUCUGAAGACAACAAGGAGAGGGAGAAAGCCGCUCAGGUGGUGACUAAAAAGCAGACAGCAGUGAAAUCAACGCGCGGUAUUGCCCUCAAACCCAGCCACAGCAUGAUGGUAAAAACAGGUGCACCUCGAGGCGGGGGAGGGCAGGGAGGAAAAGGGCAGCAGGGACAGCCUGGAGGAGGGGGAGAGAACAAUGGCAAAAGCACCCGUCUGUUCUUCGAUGGCGAAGAAUCAUGCUACAUCAUCGACGCUAAGCUUGAAGGCAAUCUUGGACGUUACCUCAAUCACAGCUGUAGUCCCAACCUCUUUGUCCAGAAUGUGUUUGUGGACACACAUGACUUGCGCUUCCCCUGGGUGGCGUUCUUUGCCAGCAAGCGUAUCCGGGCCGGCACAGAGCUGACGUGGGACUAUAACUACGAGGUGGGCAGCGUGGAGGGCAAAGUGCUGCUGUGCUGCUGCGGCUCCACCGAGUGCCGAGGACGACUGCUGUGAUCUGAAUCUCAACACUCAAUGCUUCUUUUUGUUUUAGUUAUGUGUGUUAUUACUGAUACUUUUGUUGCAUUUAUUUUGUAUUGAUAUGUAUCAUGUUAACUUUCACUUUGUCCAUGAAGUUUCCUCAGCUUUAUGUGAUAAUAAAUUUUCAUUUUCUUCAGUGAAA